AUGCCUGGCAUGGUGAUAUUUCGGAGGCGCUGGCUGGUAGUUCUCUCCGUGGUUUUGUUCGGCCUUCCCUAUGGCUCUGACCAGUCCUGUUCUAUAACACUGGUGGACCAUGGCCGAGGGUACAUGGGCAUCUUGGAUGCAUAUUCAGAGGUGGCAAGUCUUUUUGCAGAGUUCUUCAGAGACCUGGACAUUGUGCCGAGUGAUAUAAUUGCUGGCUUGGUUCUCCUCCGUCAGACACAGAGAUCUAAAAGAUCAUCUAUCCUGGACCAGGGCAACAAUGAUAUUUUAGCCUUCCUGUCUGGGAUGCCUGUCACUCGGAACACUAGAUAUCUGGACCUUAAGAACUCGACUGAGAUGGGCAUGUAUAAGGAUGUGUGCUACUACAUGCUCUUUGCUCUCGCUGCGUAUGGUUGGCCCAUGUACCUGAUGAGAAAACCAGCCUGUGGACUGUGCCGCCUCGUUAGCACCUGCCCGUGCACAUCAAUGUCUGGCUCACGUUUGUCCCAAUCAGUGACAGUGGAGGAGGACAAUUGUUGCGGUUGUAAUGUUUUGGCCAUACGCAGACAAUUCUUGGACCGGGAUCUGAAGCAGGUUCACAUAGUCUACACUUCCUGCCAUGAUGCAGAUGCUUUGACUGAUUUGUCAGGGGAUUCUGAGCGUUUACCUGUGGAGGAACAGCAUGGGACCUGGCUUGGUCAUAAGGGGAUGGUUUACUCAGCAGAGUACAUUAAGAAGAAACUGGAGCAGGAAAUGAUAUUGUCACAAGCUUUUGGAAGAGACUUGAACAAGGGCACCAUGCAUUAUGGACUGGUGAUAGUAGGCCAUUCUCUUGGUGCUGGUACUGCUGCUAUUCUUUCCUUCCUGCUGAGACCUCAGUAUCCCACACUUCACUGCUACUCUUACUCCCCACCUGGUGGCCUUCUUAGUGAGGAUGCCAUGGAAUACUCCAAAGAGUUUGUCACCUCUGUUGUAUUAGGAAAAGAUCUGGUACCAAGGCUGGGCCUGUCUCAGCUGGAGGGGUUCCGUCGCCAUUUACUAGAAGUUCUACAAAAAAGUAACAAGCCAAAGUGGAGGAUCAUUGUGGGAGGCACCAAAUGCAUCCCAAAGUCGGAGCUUCCACUUGAGGAGGAGGAUCCUCCAUCUCAGCAAGCAGCACCCCCCAGCAAUCGUCUGUGGCUCCACCCCAGUGACCUCAGCAUCGCCCUCUCAGCCUCGACCCCCCUGUACCCUCCUGGCCGGAUCAUCCACGUGGUGCACAACCAUCCUCCAGAGACCUGCUGUGGGCAGGAAGAGCCAACAUACUCGGCUCUUUGGGGGGACAACAAGGCCUUCAAUGAAGUCAUCAUUUCGCCCGCCAUGCUUAAUGAGCACAUGCCUCUCAUGGUGAUGGAAGGUCUAAACAAGGUGCUGGGACCAUGUUAUCCUCUGUCUGAACAGUGGACUCUGGAAGUGGAGGUCCUGGAGAACUACAACAAAGGCAAAACGGCUUUGCUGUCUGCAGCCAAGAUCAUGGUCAGCCCGACAGAAGUGGACUUGAACCCUGAGAGUGUAUUCAUGGCUGCAUCUGCAACAGCCCAGCAGCUGAUGCCUGUUACUCAUCACCGGAGGAACAGUAGUGUUCGUUCCUGCGCCCAGUCUGAAAUAUCUCUGGAUGGUUUCUCUGAGUGUCCUCCUCCUCCAGUACCUGUAGUGUUACGCGGAGCACGGGAGCGCCUGACCGUGGAGCUUAGGGACCGCAAAGCUCCAUUAGCAGUCAUGGAAAGCCUGUCAGACGCUGAAUCUGUCUACAGCCUGGAUUCCAGGCGCUCCUCUGCUGCGCUUAGAGGUUCUCCAAUGCUUAGUAGCCUACCCUUCCCUUUGGAUGCGCCGAUUCCUGAAGAGAAUCCAUCUCUCAGCUCUCGCACUGAGCUGCUGGCUGCUGACAGCCUCUGCCAGGCCACACCAGAACACCUGGGUGAGAUUGGGCCUUUCUUCACACCAUUGGACCGUGGAUCGAAUCCGGAGUACUCCGUGCAGCUUUCCCCCGCCACACCUCAAUACAGUGGACAUUAUUCACCUCAACCUUUCAACGCAGAGCCUAACGUCUACUCUGAAAUUGACCCUGAUGUGCAACAGAUUCCGGGCGUCUACAGUCCAGGUAGCACUCCCGACGCUCCCCGGAGGCCACAAAUUGCUUCUAGAGCAAUGGAUGAAGAUGAAGACAAGUGGGAGUUCAGCAUGGAGACUGGACGGGAAACUUCCCCGCCGCCCACCCAGCUGUCAAAUGGAAACCCCAGCCGAACGGUGCUGGAAUUUGCCCAGUACUUGGACUCUCUAUUUAGACUAGAUGGCAGCAGCUCACCUCCAAUGGAUCUGUCUGAUGGGGAGUCGGAGUCAGGACGCGGCUCACUUGGCCACGUCGAGUGUUUGGGAGAUGAACCAGAUGGCAAGCAGCUUCUGGCCAGGGCAACACUGGAGCCAAACCUGGUCCCCAAGCCACCGCGCACUUUUGCCGGAUCUGCUGACCCGUCUUCUGGCAUCUCCUUGUCACCUUCCUUCCCCCUCUCAUCAUCUGAGGAACUCAAUGACCUUUCACCUGGUGAGGGUGCCCCACCUGCCAAUGACUCACUACGAACAUCUCUCCCUAUCCACUGUUCUGAGGAGAACACUCUGUCCUCUAUGGUGUAG